GCAAGCUCAUUUCGCUUCUGGUUCUCCGAGGAAAAGAAGAAAGCGAGCUCGAAGCCCGGAAAGGACGCCCGACACCGACAUAAACACGCCGUCUCGUUUCUGGUGCUUACACGUCCAAUUUCUUCCGCCGACGAUGGCCUGCGGGGCGACGCUAAAGCGCUCGAUGGAGUUCGAGGCCCUCCUCAGUCCCCAGUCCCCCAAGCGGAGACGGUGCAACCCCCUACCGGGGACUCCCGGCACUCCGUCCCCGCAAAGAUGCAACAACCUCCGGGGCCCCGUCGACGGCCCGACGCACUCUGGGUCGCCGCAGAGCGUGGCGGGCGAGAACAGACUGACGCCAGAGCAGAUCUUCCAAAACCUGCGCCAGGAGUACAGCAGGAUCCAGAGGCGGCGGCAGCUGGAGGGGGCCUUCAAUCAGACGGAGGCCUGCGGACCCUCCUACCCAGCCAGUCCCUCUUCAUCCUUGCAUGCACCUAGUUCACCACCAGGCCCCUUGAGACGGGACCAGCCCUCGUUCACGCUCAAGCAGGUGAGCUACCUGUGCGAGCGCUUGCUCAAAGAUCACGAGGAGAAGAUCCGCGAGGAGUACGAACAGAUCCUUAACACAAAACUCUCAGAACAAUACGAAUCGUUUGUGAAAUUCACACAAGAUCAGAUCAUGCGAAGAUAUGGCGCCAGGCCUGCGAGUUGUAAGUCGUCAAAAUUUUCCCUCCAUGUAAUUUCCCAAUGUGCAAAUUUAAAGUGGUACAACGUCCCCAUCUAUUUAUCUGUCGUCAUCACAGUUACGUAG